CAGACUCCACCCUCACUCUAUCAAUUCCCCCUUCCCCCUUCACCUCGUCUCGUCUGCAGCUAAGCUCUUGGGAUCUUUCGUCUAUCUAACCAUGGGACAAGCACCGAGCCUUUCCUUCUCGCCCGCUCUUGGUUCCCAUUGCGAUGUCGCCAUCUCACCAAACGCAUCACACAAGCAGAGCAGCGUCGAGCUGCUUCUCAAUGCGCGCUUGAAAACCGAAGAGGCCGAGCAGCUGCAGCGGGAUGGGGUGAGGAUUCAGGCGUGGACCGAUGCGCCCAUCGAAGGGCGGGCGUCUGGGGAGUGGGCAGCCUAUACCUUCGAGCAGCGCGGUUCUCAACAGGAGACCGUGUCUUCGAAUGUGGCAUCUGGCGAUGACCGCGUCGCAGAAUUGUCUUUGGUGGACAUCCGAGAUGUGGAGACCGAUCCCCGUGUUCCUUCGGAUAUGGUCGGUUUGCAGCUGAAGCUCAAGUUACGCCCGAUGGAGGAUGGUCAGCGCGAUAUUCGCUUUUCGAUUACCUACAGGCUUGAGCAUCCGGGUGGGGACUGUACGUGGCUUGGAGCGCCGGGGCACGACGUCGUGUGUGUGUUGAGGAGGGAGAAUCCAUGGGUGGAGAUCUUCCCGGCGUGGGAAGAAGAGGACUCAGUGGAGGAGGAUGUGCAAGUACUGGAGCAUCGCAGUUCCAGCUCUUCUGAGGGAGUCGAGGAUGUCUAUGUCGGACAAAUCACUCAUGAAGGAGGCUGGGGAUGCUGGGCUAUCAGCGACGAAAGUGUCAAGUAUCAUUGUCAAGGACAGGUCUCUGGAGCAAACAUCUUGAUACUCGUUCCUCGCCUCAGUCACACGACCUUCGCUCUUCAUGAACCCAUUGCGCUCUGGACAUCCUCUCCCGAAUCCUCGUUUACUCUUUCGCCGACUGGUCGCCUCUCCUGCACACACGCAAUACCGUUCUACAUCUCGACCGCCAGCAGCGAUGUUUUCGCUCGCUGUCUUUCCUCGUCUCUCUCGACCCUCCACCUUCGCUCGCUCGAAGUCCCUGACGAGCGAGUAUUUGCUCUCGUUUCGACCUCCAAUCAAGCACCCUCCCGCGUCUUCUUUGUGUCUUUGCACACGGAAACGCGCAUGGUCGACUUCUCAUUGGAUGGCCUUAUUGACAACGAGUCUGCGGGAGGACACGUCCUUUACACCUCUUCAUCCAAGAAAUUCUUGCACUUCGCAGCCACCGCAAGCCAGACCGUCAGGGUCAAUGUUGGACCGUCGGGCGGAGAGUGCCUCCUCAGCCCCGUACAUGUCUGCGAUUCGGAAUCAUCUGCGUCUUGGGGUAUAUCCCUGCUUGCACGUCAUAUCGCUCUGCCAGCUCCCAAGCCGGCGCAGCCAACUUUGGACUCCCAGCCCGAGAUAGCCGAAGAGGACAAGCAGGAGGUGGAGCGAGAGGAAUGGGAACCGGAGACAGAGUCAGUUCUCGUGUCUAAGGCAAAGGAUGAACCUGUUCACGACCCAGAGAGCGACAAAUCCGACAGCGAACCCUUCGACUCCGAAUCAGAGCAUCCUCCUCUGGACUAUCAUUCGCAGACAUCCAACUCUGCCCCCGCGUCCGAGCAUGGUGAACCCCACACCCAUCACAGCGAAGAGACCUUGAAGGGGCCGACUCCUCCGCCUCUGCAACAUAUCGCCCUUCUGUUCAUGCGUAUGCUUGUAUUUUGCAGAAUUCUUGUUCUGGGGCGGAUUCUGCAUGUCGUGUCGGUUCCUCCCCCGCAGGCGCAAUCGGGUAUCGUCCAUGAGCCAGAUGCAAAUGUCGUGAACGAGGAGACUUCGCUCUUGACUGAGUCGAAGUCGACUGAUCCCAUUGGAUAUGGUUCGGUUGGGGAGAAGCUGGAGGAGAGCCCUGCGAUCAGUGCGGAGGAGGUAGAACAUCCCCAGGAUGGCAUCCAGACCUCGGACGAGACGAAGCUCGUUGUCGAAUCAUCUACUCCAGCUCCCGAUAUUUCUCGCGGUCCAGAGUUGGAGCCCGAGACGAAGUAUGGGCUUCCCGUGGUCAUCGGUGAAGAGGAACAGACGGUCCUAGCAGACGCGGCGGUGCCACCGGUGGCCCACGCAUCUCUCUCUUUCCUUGUAUCUCAAGGCGCGAUUUCUCUCAUAUUCUUGUCUCGAGCUAACACUGCUGGUGAUCACCUAUCUGGAAAGGAGUCGAGCGGUGGCGCGAAGACGUAUGAGGUUGAGUUGUUCGCUGGGGAAGCUCGUGAGAGAUUGGAUCUGGUGGCCGAGCAGCUGGAGGAUUCGGAGGGGGCAUUGUUGUUAGUGGUUCCUGGUGGUGUGAGCAGUGAUGGUACACUGGAGGUCUUCGUAAGGGAGGUAGUGGAAUGAGGGUUUCAGGUCGGUGGGCUUCUUGGAUACGAGGUGUAAUGGUGCUGGUCUCACCUUACCCGUUGGGCCACAAGGGCUGUCUGCAUCUCCCUGACGUCUUCCUCUUCUCUCCAGUUUCACGAUACUUCUGCGUUUUCUCUGAUUGCGCCAGUGUUUGUUUGUUGUUUUGUUAGUUUUGUUGUAGGAUGGAUGCUCCUUACUGUUGUUUGUUGGUUUGAUACUUUUUUACGGACGGUUACGACCGUCGAUCGCCUUUGUGCGUUAGACAUGACUCUAUUACUUAUCGACAAAAUCCUAAAAACAUAUGUUCACAUGUAUAUCUGUACGACUUGGUUUUAUGAUGCGGAUAGUACUUGGUUCUAACGAGAGUGUGAAUGAGAGGAAGAAAGACGCGAUACUUACUCUGAUUGCUGAGUGACACCCCCUUUCACUAACGAUACCGGUGACCAACGAACCGAGACGCUCCACUCCCUAACCCAUGCCACGUCCCGUUCAAUCCAGAAUCGAGCGGGUCUCGAACUCAGCGUUCCUCGGCAUCUCAUCCACAACCAUGAUCUUCGCCCUCUCGUCUAUGAGUAACCGCCUGAUCCACUCGGUGUUGGGCUUCAUGUUACCCUCCGCGGGCGCAAACGCCCCUCGCAUCGUGAACCCACCUCUCUGCCACGUCACAGUGUAGGUCAUCAUCCUACGGCCUUCAACGAUCUCCUCGCUCCCAUCCUCACAGACCGUGCCCAAUCUCCAGCUGUAAUUUCUGUUGACCCACACCUGGUCGCCCUUCUUGAACGUAUAGUGCCACUUUUCGUUGAGACUCGUGGGGUGGUAGGUCGGGA